AUGGCGCGAAACAUCGUCACAGUGGCGUUGCUCCAAGACGCAGCCGCCUCCACCUCGGCGGUGCUCGACGCACUCGCGGGUGCCUUUUCGUUGGUGGAGCGCACCACGCUGCGCAUUACGCUGCCGGACGACGAUGCCAUGCUGCGCGCGCUGCUCGCACACGAGAUCGCCACGCUCGGUGAAGCAGCCGCGCUCGUCCGAUGGGCACCCAGCUUCACCGCUGCUCCCUGCUCCCUGCUCGUCCUCGCGCUCACGUCCAACGACGACGCCUGCAAGGUCUUUCUCACCCACCACGCCUCGAGUCUGGACAAGUUCGGACCAAUCUACGCAUCGCCCACACGAGAUGUGGCCCAGAUGCAGCGUACCCUGCUCUUUUCUGCGAUUGGCUCGGGCAGUAGUGAGGCCGGCAGGUCCAGCUCUACUUCUACACGCGCUACUUCGGUCAGUCGAGCAUCGCAGCCCGGCUUCAAGGCGCGUGCGGUUCCAUCGAGCGUAUCAAGCAAACCGACGAUCGAGCCGCGCUUGAGCCGUGCGGCUGCGCUGCGCAUGGGGGUUCCGCUACCUACACGCACGCCGAGUCCCACCAAGACCCCCGCGCCCGCAUCGGGCAUGCCGAGACGCACGGUUCCACCCCCCUCGUCCCUGCGCACCCCCACCAUCGCCCCGCGCCUCAACAAGGCCGCCCUCGCCCGCCAGAACCAACCGAGCCAGGCUCGACCAUCUACAGCGGGCGAAAGGGUGAGGAGUCAAGUCGACUUUUCGCGCACACCGGGCCACAAACGCGCAUCGCUCUCCACGUCGGUCGCCUCGACUGCGCCGCCCGCUAUUGUGCCACGCCAGACCAGGGCGAGUCUGAGCAGGCUUUCUACACACCAGCCUGCGGUAUCGCCGGGCAGACCGCAGGCUGCCAGGUCGAUGAGCGUGGGAGGUCCGCGCGCGCAGGUGGAUUUCUCGGCGACUCCCGGUCACAAACGUGCACUGCCCAUCGCAGUUGCUUCGCUCAAGCCGCCCACGGUCGUGCCGAGACAGAACCGCGCGUCGCUGGCAAGGACAAGUGCUCCUGCCCAGCACACAGAGUCGCCCCUGCGACGUGCGUAG